AUGCACCCAGCGACACCUUUGAUCCCGGCCAUAUGGAGUCCCUCCAAGCACGCCCGCCACCGAGAAAUCCUUCACCUCCACGUGGGCGAACAAGGGGCCGUGCGUCUCCAGGAGGAUGGGAGGAAGGUGGCAUGGAGCUGGGGUGAGUGCGUGCGGCAGGUGGACCGGAGAAAGCAGCGUCCACAGCCGGACACGCCCAGUGUACUUAGCCCUGGGUGUUUUUGGCACGGCUACAGAAACCAUGAAGACAAGUCCCAUCAGUGCGCAGUGUCCCGCGGGUCAGAAGACUUCAGUGAAAUAGCAGCCGUUACAGCCGGAGCAGAGCGGUUUGCAAAGUAUGAAACAGACACCUGA